AAUUUUGACAUUUAAUUUUGAAUUUCCGCCAAUUUCCGCUUGCGCGUACCUAUGUUGAAUUGUUGAUAUUUUUUAAAUCGUAUAAAGUAAAAAAAAAUAUCGUACUGAAUACCGUCAAGAUGGAUUGAAACUAUUCUGUAUAUCAAGUGAUAAUUACGAGUUAUGUGCCCAGUGUGAAAAUAAGUGAUCAUGGCAACCAUAACUAUGCAGCGAGAUCUUGUUUUGGUGCUCAAAAAAGAGACGUCUUUAAAUAUCGGCAUACUAAGCAAGCUGAAGCCGAUACCUACAGAUUUGUCUAACCAAGUGUUUAAUGAAAAUGCGCUGGAUAAACCUACGCAGAACUUUUUCAACCACCUAUCGCAUUACCUAGUGUCCAUAGUGGAUCAUCAAGUUAGUUCGUCGCUUCCGUGGCCUUUAUACGACACGAAGACAGAGAGAGCGUACAGAAACGAGUUGUCCAACUUCAUAAGUGACUACAGCAAUAAAGGUUUGCUAUCUCUAGUAAUGUCGUCAUAUUUGGUAAACCCAGGAUGCUAUAAGGUAACAAUGUUGAUGUUCCAACUAUCGCAGCUAGCGGUACAGAGGUUGCUUGUAUCUAAAAUGUGUAAAGACCGCCAGAAGAAACUUUACGACGCUAUGACUGCGACUUAUAAAUCAAAUAAGAAAGACAGUUUCUUAGAAGACAUUGAUCGCGAGACUGAGGUGAUGCUACGGAAGUUCUCCAAUUAUUUACGUAAAAAAGAGGCUAUGGAGAAGAUUGCGGGCAUAUUCCGUGACAAAAUCACGCAAAUGGAGCAUACUUUGUCUACAUCGGAUGCCCAAAAAACUAUUGAUGAUAUUGUCGAUAAAUUUGUCUGUGAACACACUAUGGACAAGCAUACAAAAGAUGAAAUACUUAAAAUAAAAUGUAUAAAUUCUUCACCAGCUUUUUUUGAUGACUGGCUAGCGGAUGUAGAUGUACAAAUAAGUGCAAUAGAGCAUAAAUGGAAUGAGAAAAUAGGACCGUUUAAAGAAUCGUGUGAAACUGUUAGCAGUAAUACAAAAGCUUUGAUAUCCAGGCAUAUGGGAGAGGUAGAUAGGCAUACAUACAUGAUAGAGUACAAUCAUGAUACAGAUGAAAUAUGCACUAAAGAGUUGCAGCUGAAAGUUAAUUCUGAGCAAAAAUAUAUAUUGAAAAAUAUAGUCAGAGAUGAUAAAUUAUAUUUCCCCAAUUUAAUAAGAGGCUUCCUUGUGGCAAUAUGUUUUGUAUUGAAAAAUGCUGAAAUUAGUGAUGAUAUUUAUAAAUUCAAUGAGUAUUUGGACAAUGGGAAGAGUAACUUCAACGAGAUGGCAUCAGCUUUGAAGAUCCUACUUGAGCGGGUGAAUUCUGCUGAAGAAAGUUUACAGCCCUCACCACUGUCUUUCACUGACUCCUUGAAACAAACUCCAAAACAAAUUUUGGAACUCCCACCUAUACCAGACUUAUCUGAUAUAAGGAGCAGCAAGUGCCUUCAGAACCAAAUAAUUUUCGAUACAUUUACGCCUUUAAAUACAUCAAAAUAUCAGUUCAAUUUACUUAGAAGAAAGAACCAUUCAUUCACGAAACCUCAGCAAAUGUCAUUACUUGCCACCCCAUAUCACCAUGGACCAAGGGAAGAUUUCCUAAAGAGUAUUAUAUCAUGUAGAGUAAGCACUUAUGACCGUCCAAAUGCUAAUCACAACUUUUUGAAUGCAUCCAUUAUGUCCCAUGCUAAUAAAGCAAAUGAAACUAUUGCUGAAUGUGGCACAGGUUUCACAAAGCAACAGAUUCUGAGAUUAUUGUCUACUAAAAAGAGCAGCAGUUCAAAGAAGUUCAAACAUAGCUUGGAAAGGCCAGAUAUUAAGAUCAAGAAAGGUGGCCUCUUUAAUGAGUCUAAUACUUCUAGUGAGAGUAAUGGUUUAUUCAGAAGUUAUUCCUCUCCUAAUCUAUUUGAGAAUAGAGAAAAGAGGUCAUUUGGAGCUUGCAGAAGACGAAAACUAUCUAUAAUGCCAGAAGACAGUCCCUCAAUUUUAGAAGUAUCAGGGAUUGUUGCUUUGGAUAAAGACAGUAACCAAUGUACUCCACAACCUAAUGAUAGUCCCAGAAAGCAUGCUGAUCCCGAAAAUCUUCCAAAAAUUUCAAUUGCUCCAGAUCCAGAACAGAAAUUCAAUGAAAUGGUUAAAGAUGUGGAGAUAGAUUUUAUGAAAUAUGCAAUGAAAAAUGAAUCUACUGAUAAAGAAAUAAAGACUGAAACACCUAAGAACAAUACACAGUUAAUAAGAAAAACUAGUUCUUUAGAGAAGAUUAUUAAUAGGUUUAAGAAAGUCAGAGCCAGUGUUUUGCCAUUAGAAAAGAAUGAUGAUUCAAGUGAUUUCAAAACAAUAGUGGAGGAAAAAGAGAAUUUGAAUGUUGUUAAUGUUGAUGUUUUUACUGCACAUAGAAUUCUAUUGCCUGACUUGUUGAGUCCAAGUUGCAGUGCACAUUCUGUGAGGUCUAUGGAUUAUUUAGACCAUAUUUGUUAUGAUAUGGAUGAGAAAGCCAAGAAGAAACCGCGAGAGAGUCUCGGUACCGCCCUUGGUGUCGACCAAACUUUCUUAGACCAGUUCGAGUUGAUAGAUUAACACUGUAUUUAAGUUUUUAUUAAGCACUGCCUUAUCAAACAGAAUAUAUUUAUGUAUGUAAUA